CACGUAGAGCGAGUUACAAUAAUCCAGGCUGGAGGUGACCGUCGCGUGGAUCACAGUGGCCAGGUCAGGGCGAGAGAGGUAAGGAGCCAACUGCUUAGCUUGGCGGAUAUGGAAAAAUGCCGCCUUUGUUAUAGCUGCAAUCUGCGCCUCCAUAGAAAAGGAGGUGUCGAAGAUUACACCCAAACUCUUAACGGACGGUCUUCCCCAUCUUGGCCUCUGGUGCUGGUCUCCUGGCUUGCAUCUUUCUCCCCAAAUGCUACAUUAUUCUUCUGAAGCCCAACCUCAACAGCAGAGAGCAUCUAAGGAGGAAAAAAUAAUUAGGAAAUCAAACACCUUGACGUUAUCCAAUAAACAAACCACAAGGAAGGUAGCCAUAUCAUCCUGUUGUUAAUGUCCACUCUCCUUGGGAGAUACCUGCAAGAAAAGUAGGAAGGAUCUUCAUCAGGCUGGGAGAAGAGGUGGGCACCCAGGUGAGAGCUGGAGGAGUCUGCUUUUCUAUGUGUGGAUAAAUGAUAAGAUAUGCACUAUAUAAAUGUAAUAAAGGGUCUUUUUAGUUACCCUUUUUCUAUUCUUUCCCCUCUUUUUCUUUUCGAUACAAUUGUGUUUUGCAUUUUCUUAUAAAUGAGCUUGAAUUUUAUUGUUUAAUGUGUAAAAAAAACACCUUUCAAUAAAAUUGUUAUAGCAAACAUGGGCAAUGCCCUUCCAUAUUUUCAGACAGGAACUCCUCCUGGAAGGUGAACCUGGGACCUUCUGCAUGCAAAGUGGGCACUCAGAUAUUGAACUAUGGACCUUUCUAUUAAAAAGCAAAGUUGUAAUUCUAGUCGCUUUGUUUUGAAUGAAUAGUUUCGAUAGGCUUGCCAGGAGAGUGGUCCAUCCAGGCUGGCAUGGCCUACAGCGAAAUUUCCAUGAUUCCAGAAAACAUGUUUGUCAUUUUCUCCUAAGAUGGUGCAAAAAGAACUUACAGUAUGAAUUCUCUUCUCUUCCCUGAAAUUAUCACAAUAACAGUCAUUCCUGUUGAACCUCUGGAGGUUUACACCCAUCGAGUCAACAAUAAAGCGAAAUACAGGACAAAACAGUCUUGUGAUAAUAAGAAAAAUGAUCAUGUUGAGCUACUCCAUUUUAUGCCUGAGUAUUGAUGUCUCUGACUGAAAUUGGUAGUUUUCAAAUCAGGUUCUGCAAAGGUGCAAUUGUUGUUUCAAGGGGAAUAUAAUAUCUCUCUGAGCUGUGGAUGAUUCGGUUGCUGCUCUUGGCCUGGCUCCUGCCUCAGGGCAGCUGCUUGACGAAGAGGACACAGACACGAUCCCUGAAGCCCUUUCAACUCUACGAAAACUUCCAUAGGGAGGGAGAUCUCAUUGUGGGUGGGAAUUUACCCCUGUUCAGGGCCGUGGUCAAAGACCCAUCCUUUAAAGAGUAUUCCAGAGAACAGGACCAUCCUGAUUUAAAGCUUGUCCCCAAAAACUACCAGUACAUCCUGGCCUUGCAGUUUGCUAUCAAAGAGAUCAACGAGGACCGGACUCUCCUCCCCAAUGUCACUCUGGGUUCCCGUAUCUACACAGAAUGCAAUUUUGCAAGCAAGACCACGGAGGCCACGCUGUCUCUGCUCUCCACGCGGAGACAAAUGGUGCCUAACUACAAGUGCGAGAGUCGGGACCAGCUGCUGUCCGUCAUUGGGAGCCUAGACGCCACGACUUCAAGACAGAUGGCAUCCAUCCUGGGCUCCUUCAAGAUCCCGCAGCUGGGUUAUGGCUCCUUUAACUCUGACAAGGAAGAUGAAACGGUAUCCUCGUCUUUUUGCCGCAUUGACCCCAACCAAGUCCUCCAGUACAGGGGUUUAGUCCACUUACUCCUGUACUUCCACUGGAAUUGGAUUGGACUCCUUGCUCCGGAGGAGAGCAGUGGCGAAAACUUCAUCCAGACUCUGACACCCCUCCUCACCCAGAACGAUAUCUGCGUGGCGUUUGCCAGAAGGGUCAUUCCAGAAACGGUGACUUUUCUGCAGCAUGGAAGAAAAUGGAUGAAACACGUUUCGGAUCUUUUCAAGAGCGACGUCCAGGUGGUGAUUGUCUUUUUGGACUCCAACACCUUGCGGAACCUGUUGGGCCCCAUGUCUGUCAUGAAAAAGCUCAACAAGAUCUCAGCCAGGAAAGUUUGGGUCCUGACAGCCCAGUGGGAUUUCGUCACUGAGGGGUCCCAGAAGCAAUGGAAGGGGCUGAAAUCUUUCCAUGGGGCCCUUUCCUUCCAAAUCCACUCAAAGGAAGUGCCAGGAUUCGCCCAGUUUCUCUCAGAGUUAGAUCCACACCAGCCACAGGCAGAUGCCUUCCUCUGUCGCUGGUGGAGAGUUGUGUUUGACUGUGAGUUUCUGGGAUCAGGCCUCAUACCUUCACGGAGCAAGAGAAAAUGCACAGGAGAGGAAAAACUGGAGGACCUGCCGGCCUUCGUGUUCUCAGUGACCAUGACUGGCCACAGUUACAGCAUCUACAACGCCGUUUAUUCCGUGGCCCACGCAUUGCAUGACACCAUGCGCUCACCGGGAACCAACCGUGCAGUGAUGGGAGGUGUCAACCGUCUUCCAAAACUCCAGCCAUGGCAGAUUCUUGCCGCUUUGAGGAAGACUCGGUUUAACAACAGCGCUGGGGAUGAAGUCUCCUUUUCUGAACAUGGCAGGAGACCAGCUGGCUUUGAUAUCCUGAACUGGGCCUUCUUCCCCAAUGACUCUUGUGCUGUUGUGGAAGUUGGCGGUCUGGAUCCUCAGGCUCCGCCAGGCGAAGACUUCAGCAUCAACCCAGACACCAUUGUGUGGGAUUCCCAGGAGAUCCCAUUUGCCAGGUGUGUGAAGAGAUGUCCUCCAGGGCAGAGCAGAAGAGUCCCAGAGGAGAAGCCGGUUUGCUGCUAUGAAUGCAAUUCUUGCCCAGAAGGGACCUUUUCUAACCAGACAGAUGCCACUCAGUGUACCAGCUGCCCUGAAGACCAAUGCCCAAACAAGGAGGGUGACCAGUGCCUCCUGAAGAAGAUCAACUUUCUUCCAUACCAAGAGACUGGGGGUGUUCUUUUAGCUUCCCUUGCCCUCUUCCUCUCUCUGAUCACACUUCUCAUGCUGGCGACCUUCAUCCAACAACGGGACACACCAAUUGUCAAAGCCAACAACCGCAGCCUCACCUACGUCCUCCUCGUAUCCCUCCUGCUCUGCUUCCUCUGCUCCUUCCUCUUCAUCGGUCGACCCAGGAGGGUCACUUGUCUUCUCCGACAAACUACUUUUGGCAUCGUCUUCUCUGUUGCCAUUUCUUCCGUCCUGGCAAAGACCAUCACGGUGGUCCUGGCUUUCAUGGCCACCAAGCCGGGAAACAUGGCAAGAAAACUAUUGGCGAGACAACCAGCAAAUUCUAUUGUUCUGAUCUGCCCCCUCAUCCAAACUGCUAUUUGUGUUGUUUGGCUGGCAACCUCUCCCCCCUUUCCAAACCUGGACUUCCAUUCCAUAGCUGGAGAGAUUGUAGUGGAAUGUAAUGAAGGUUCAGUCACCAUGUUUUAUAAUGUCCUGAGUUUCCUGGGUUUCCUGGCCCUUGUCAGCUUCAUGGUGGCCUUCCUAGCUAGGAAGUUGCCUGAUAGUUUUAAUGAAGCCAAGUUUAUCACCUUUAGCAUGCUGGUCUUUUGCAGCGUUUGGAUCUCCUUCGUCCCAACCUACCUGAGCACCAAAGGGAAGUUCAUGGUGGCUGUGGAGAUCUUCUCCAUCUUGGCCUCUGGUGCUGGUCUCCUGGCUUGCAUCUUUCUCCCAAAAUGCUACAUUAUUCUUCUGAAGCCCAACCUCAACAGCAGAGAGCAUCUAAGGAGGAAAAUGGGAAUCUAACCCACUUCAAUCUUCCCUGCCAGUUAAAUUUUCACAAAAUUGUAGGAUGUAAAACUUAUAGCAGUCAAGUACCACAUUCAUACAGUGGACAUGUUAGGGGAUGUUUUGUCCCACUCAGGAGAAGAGUUCCUGUUUCCUGCUGAGCUGGGACAGACUUGAAGAGGGUGCCGUCUGUUGUACUACCAUAGAGGAGCACACGGCCUCCAUGUUCUGACCUGUGUGUGUUCUCCAUUGUGUAUGUUGCUGUGUGUUUGGAGAAGUGACUCCUUACUUGCAGUCACUUCUUUAUGGAAUAGUUCUAGUUGUUAUGUAACCUGAGCCUGCCUUCAGGGAUAUCUCUUUUUAAGAGGGAGUAGAAGGGAUCUCACCAGGAAUCUCCAACAAGCCAGCAACAAGCUAACCACUGUGUAAUUUAAAAGGGGGGAUGUUUGGAACUCUGCUAGAAUAUGGAACUUGCUAGCACAAGUUAGGAAGGAUAUGAUUAAAUAAUAUAUCCUCUCCUGCCUCCGUAAUCAUCCCCACAAAAAUGAAUCACAGUUUCCUAGUUAUCAAUACAAACUCUCCCGUCAAAAUCUGCAGUUGGCAAUGAGAGCAGGUUUGGUUACUUUCCAAAAGUCUAAGCAAUUGUCUGUAUUUCCCCUGAAUAUCCUUUUUCUCUCAAUCAAUAAAAACUGUGAAAAACCAGAGAGAAUUGUGCCAUUCUAUUCAAGUGUUGAAGUUGCUGUGUCUUCUCCCUUCCUUGGAGGUGGGCCAUCUGGCACGGACGCUUUGGGGGUUGGGCUGAGUGACUCUUGAGGGACCUUCCAACCCUACAAUUCUAUGCUUGGCUCUCCCCACCCAUCGCUUCUUCCUCUGGGCAGUGUGGGAUGCCCGUCUCUGAAAACCUAGCUGUGUCCCCUUCUCCAAAGGAAUAAUACAUUCUGCUCCAGUGCUAGAUCCCCCAGAGAAAGGCUGGAGGUUGCCAGACCACAGAGAGUUCCAGGGAGACAGUUGCUGCA